AUGCUAAAAAAGCUUGAGCCAAGCUUGAGCGUACCCGCUGGCCCCUCUGGAUGGUAUUGACUGUUCCAGUACGGGAUGCUUUUGUGAGGUUUCUUUUAACGUUGCAUUAGAAGCAUAUUUUCUAGUAUAACAUAUGUGAUCUGAAGAUGGCUAGUGACAUUGAAAUGCUGGUGAAUAAGAAUGGCAACGAAGGUUCCUCAAAAACCCACGCUACAACAAAGCCAGCGAAAGCGGAACCUGGUUCUUCGAAGCUGAUUCAUUACACCAAACACAGGCUCUUGGAGUUAUCAACUGUUCCACUGUCUUGCAAGAAACCGAAAUGUUUUACAGAAGAUCGGAAGGUCGCAAGCCUGUCCUGUCUGAGGGGCACCGCGAAGCCAACUGCACACGGUCGCCACAAGAAGGUGUCGGCGCCGGUCGGUCGCGAGACGGGCGGCACGGCGUCAGACGAGGCCGACACCACCGCCGCCGCCGCCGCCGCCGCCGCCACCACCGUGCCGGUCAGCCAGCACAAGAAGGCUCCGGCCGACCGGCGGCAGCGUCUGCAAGCAGAGGAGGACUGCCUGGUGCUGAGUCCUCAGCGGCGUAGCUUCACCACCGGCUGCCAGGCGCCACCCAGCGCCAAAUCGGACGACGCCGCCGACCGGGAGAUCCACCGCGAGCUGCCGACGCGCCGGGUCGGCUCUGGUCGGAUCGUGUCUCGCGACGAGGGGCGCUGUCGACCGGCGGCCGGCGGCCGCUGGGAGCGCCUCGACGUCCGGCUGGACAAGGCGGAACAGCGGCCGGAGCGGCUCGACGAGAGGCGCACUGACCGUGAGCGACGCGGCGGCUUCGGACGCGACUGGGAGCGGCCAGCCAGCAGCGGCUUCGGCCGGGAGCCGGGCCAGGGCGGCAGCGGCCGGCGGCGGCCGGAGCGGCCGGAGCGGCGCAGCCGGGCCGACGACCAGCCCGAGUGGUUCUCGGCCGGCCCCACCAGCCAGAACGACAUGGUCGAACUGCACGGCUUCGGGGACGAGGGUGGCGCCGACCCGCCGACGGCCGCCGAGCCGGAGCACGGGCCGGCCGAGUGCAGCGCUCCCACCGCCCAGCACAAGCAGGAGAAGGUUUCAUCCGGCCCAGGUGGAGGCGGGCCUUUCCUGGACGACCCGGCCAUCCAGUCGACCAUUCAGCACCACGGCGCCCCCGGCGCGCACCUCGACCUGGACGCCAUCCUGCGCUGCGACAUGGACGCACUGCCCGGGCCGUCGGCGGUGGGCGGAGCGGCCGCCAGUGUCGGCUUCAGUCGCUGGUUCCGGCGCCAGUCGCCUCCGGCAGCCGCCGCCGCCGCUCCCGACCAACAACCGCGCUCCAGCCUGCACCACCAGCUGGUCGGCAAUAUUAUCAACGGUUUGGAGCUGUCACUGAAGCUCCCUUCGAGCGAGCCGGAGGCGUACUUUGCGCCUAUUUCGCCGGCGCAGAGCAGCAGCCAGCUGAAGGAUGACCUGCCGCACCAGCAGACGGCCGACGCCGCCCAACUGGCCGCCAAACUCGCGGCUCUCGGCGGCAGCGGACAACGGACAGCGGACAGCAGCGGCAGCGGACACGCACUGGUCGGAGCCGGGCAGCCGCCGCCCACUCAGCACAGCCAGGACGCCUUCCGACGGCUGGUAUCUCAGCUGCGCGCCUCCGAGGCGCCUCUGGCCGGAGAGCCCGCUCCGCUGCCCCAGCCGGCCGCCAGUCAGGUGCUGGCCGAGCCGGGCGCGCCGCCGGCGCCGGCCUCCGUGGUGCCGCCCGAUCAUGCCGUCACACAGGACAAUCUGGUGAAGCUGCUGCACAUGCAGCAGCAGCACCAGCAGCAGCACCAGCUUGAGCAGCAGCAGCAGCAGCAGCAGAUGGCGGCGGCGCAGAACCUGGAGCAGCUGCUGACGAUGCGUCGCCCUCCCAGCCCGGCUGCGGCGCCCAUCGAGCAGCUGAUGGCCAUACCGGAGGCGCGCAGCAUCCUCAUCGGUCUGCAGACGGGCCGGCUGAGUCGGCACAGCCUGGUGCAGCAGCUGCACAGCCAGGUACUUCAGCCGCGUCUGCGGGACAUCAUCGUGGCCGUGCUGCGGCUGCCGCAGCAGCGCGUCUCGCCGCUGCCGGAGCCGCCACACGCCGUGGGACAGCAGCACCUGAGCAGUGCGCCGGCGCCCCAUCGAGUGCCAUCGCCACAAGAAAUGCGCCUGCACACCCAGCACAUUCUGCAGCAGGCGCUCAUCAAGCGCAAGCUCGAAGAACAAAAGGAAAACUUCCGCAAACGCCAGGAGAACAGGGACAAGUGUGCGCCGCUGGACGGCGACCGCCGGCGGCAGGCCAGCUCCACUGCGGCCUCGCUGGCCUUCACGCCGACGGCCGUCAUCCGCAACAUGAAGGCUGAGGCGCGCAGCUCGCCCGAGCACCGACCCAAAGGCCGGCCUCUGGUGAAGACCAAUCGAGACGGCCCGCCACCGGCCGCCGCCGUCUCGGCCGGCAACAUCCAGUCGGUGGCCGCCAAACUGCUCGAGACGCAGGCGCAAAUGCAGCAGCCGCCGUGGCUGCAGCGCGGCCGCGGGGCGGCGGCCCAGCCGGCGGCUGCCAGCGCGCUGUCGCGCUGGUUCAGCCCCGAGCUGCUGGCCAGCGCCCACCUGUCGGCGCCGCCGUCCAUGCAGCAGCGCGUGCUCAGUGUCGAGGAGCUGGAGCGCCACCAGGCCAUCAACUAGCCGGCCGGCCCGGCCAGCGUACGGCCGGCCGGCCGGCCGCCGGACUGACCUACCGGCGCCUGUCCGACCAAUGUGAUAUUCGGGUGUGCAAAGCGAUUUCUGUCUCGGAGUCCCUUGUUGGACGUUGAUAGGAGCGGCGGUGCCGUUCGUCCUGGUGUCACACACUGCUGACCGCGUGUCUAUUUUUUGGUGGUCGGGAAAACCCGUUUAUUUAUUGUCGUUGGUGUGCGAGCGUGGCAAGCAGCGCGACCAGACGGCCAGACAGUGUGGCCAGACGGUCAGAUAAACAGUGCGGCCAUGCAGCCAGACAAACAGUGUGGCCAGACGGUCAGACAAUGUGGCCAGACGGUCAGACAAACAGUGCGGCCAGACGGUCAGGCAGUGUGGCCAGGCGGCCAGACAAACAGUGUGGCCUGGUCGUCAGACAAACAGUGCGGCCAGACGGUCAGACAAUGUGGUGUGAGUAGGUGGACCAUGCGUGGCCGGCACAUCGAACACGACUGACUGAGAACGCCGGAGCCGGGCACGCGGCCGCUCCCAGCUGCGUGUGUGGGUGUGCGUGUGUGUGUGCGUGCGCGUGGUGCGCGUGCGCGUGUGUGUAGGGGUGUGUGCGUGCGUGUGUGCGGGUGUGUUUGAGAGAUAGAGAGGAGGACAUUUGUUCAGCCGUCGUCUCACGGCCUGGUAGGUUUUUGACAUAACCGAUAAUAGCUGAAAUGCUUGUUAUCAGUCACUCAUACAUCCAAACACGAAGUCGCGCGAGGCUUCAUAUUAUCGAUUACCACCAAUAGUUACUGAACUUCCCAGCCAGGGUGGCAACAAUAGGCAAGAAGUUGAAAUUCAAUGCAAAUAUUUUGGACACCGCUGCCACACUGGGCAGCGGAGGUGACUGGUGGUCUCACUGUGAGAUGGCGCGCCAGGGCGCUCUGGUUCUGAGUCAGAAUGCCUACCAGGCAGUGAGGCGAGCGCCGAGUGGGGAGCAGAGGCCGGGCGGCCCAGUCCGGCCGGCCACACCGACGGCUGGCCAGCCACACCGGACUGGCCGACCGGCCGGACGGCGGCCCAGUCCGGCCGGCCACACCGGACUGGCCGACCGGCCGGACGGCGGCCCAGUCCGGCCAGCCACACCGGACUGGCCGACCGGCCGGACGGCGGCCCAGUCCGGCCGGCCACACCGGACCGGCCAGCCAGCCGGUUUUGGCGUCAGCGACCAAGUGUAUGAUUAAUUGAGUUUUUUUUUUUUUCUUUUUCGCGGUCUGAUUAUAAAUAAACUUUAUUGCUAAUUUGGUGUUCCCA